AUGGCUUCAACUUCCGGAAGCAACUCAAAUCUUGAAGCUGAAAAUCGUCUUCUCAAAAAGCAGCUUGAAGUAGCGGAUCAAAUGUACGCAAAUCUUCUUGAGGAAUUUAAAAAACUCAAAACUCAUUGUUUACUUUUGGAGGAAGAUGUCGAAUUAUUGAAGAGGACCCAAAAUCAAAAUGAAGCACCAAACCAAGCUCUCAGCGAAAAGCGUGAAGCAUUGGUAGAAAUAAAUGCUUCACGUCCUGCAAAGCGGAUUGAAGUUCAAGCUCUAACUCCAGUUCGCCUGGAUCCAGUUGCCAAAAGCGAAGACGAUUAUUAUGCUUUAUAUUUUGGCAAAGGACCCAUUAAAUUCGGAAAGUGUGACGUGCACGGAAAUUUUCUUGAAUUAGAAAAUCAUUCAAAUCAAGUGAGGAAUCUUGGAUUUUAUAUAAUUAAAAGAAUCGUUGGUGAAACAGUUAUUGAGACACCAUUGCCAAGAGCAACAAAAAUUCAAGCUAAUAGCAAAUUAGUUGUGAGUGUUUGAUUCUAUUGGCGUAAUGAACAACAAUUUUUCUCAGAUUUUCGCAAGAAAUUCUGAAACUCCGUUUCUCAAUUCUCCAACUAUACUUCUUGAUAAUGUUGAACAUUGGUUGAGUGGAGAACUUAUGCAAACAUGUCUGUUGGAUCCACAUGGAACAGAAAUUGUUUCCAUUGUUCAGGGUUUGAAAGUGGAUGAGCAAGAUCAAGUCUGA